GCUCCUGUCGGGGGGGAAAAAGUCAUGUCUGACAGAACCCUGCACACUCCCACCUCGCAGCGCAGCUGAGCCGAGGACAGAGAGGAGGUUUCCGAAGUACUAACCCCCCUCCCAUUUACAGGGAGGCUUUUUUGGGGGUUUCUUUUUUAAACAAAGGGACAUUGGUCAAUUUGAGGGGUUUGGGUUUUUUGGUUUUUUUUUGGUUGCUCUGUUUUAUUUUUCUCAAAGCAAUAGAAAGGAGUGCCUAGAAAGCUCAAAGCAGAAAGCUCAGCCUCUUAACGUUGGCUCCACAGCAUGCCGUUAACUAGGAUUAAGAAAGUCAACUAAUGCUUCACGGCACCAGGAUUUCAACAGCACGCAGCCUCCUGAGGCAGGGAACCGCGACGGCAAAUGCAGCAUGAUCUCAAAGCAGCAGCUGCCUCUCCCCACAGAUGCCAUUUAACCCCGGAUUUGUGUGCAUCCUUCUGAAAAUCAGCUGGAAAUCCACCGUGCCUUCCUUUCAGGGACAGUGAGCACCGCCAGCCAGAGCCUUGGCUCCUCUCUGCCCAGCUGCCGGCACCAGAGCUGGAUUAGGGAGAGCCUUUUCCCAUGCAGGUGGAGCGGCGGCACGGGGCUCCCAGCAGCUUCCCGGAGCUCCCAGCCCGUCCCGGCUGACCAGCAGAUGAGCCAGCGCAUUCCCCCAAAAGAGGGGUGCUGGGGGAACGAGGGCCAGGACACGAGACUGACUGUUUUCUCUCUCCUGCUUCACUUCUACCGUGGAGGAAAUUUAAGCAAGAACAUGUAUAGUGAAUUGCUAAAUUCAACCAGUGCCACGGAAGCUCACCUAAUCAUUCAGACCAACACGCCCUACCUGAGCAGCACACCGAGACCCGUGAGCUCCUCCGCUUUUUACAUGUCGACAGCCAGGGUGUUAAAAGAGGGGGAAAUCAAUAAGCCAGACCUGGUGACUUACAUCAUUCUGUUUUUCUUUCUGCUCUUGACUGUGGCGCUCAUUGUGCUCUUCAUAAACUGCCAGCUGAAAAAUUCUUUUUUUGCUACUCUUCCUUACGACAGGUCGCUCAGAGAGGCGAGGAGCCCGUGGAGGACACAAGCUGUCUGACACUAGAGAGAAACUAUGUCUUACAACAGUAGCAGGCACCAGAAACGCUGUGCAAUAAGGUGUUAUUUCCAUAUGCCAGUAAAUGGAUUUGACCCUCUUUAAAAGUAACAGGCUGCAUCACGGGAAAAGAUUGCUGAAAAAAUAUGCUGUAUGCAAAUCCAAAUAGCUGUAAAUAAAAAGCUCUGUUAUGAACUAAACAGAGAAUGCUUUAGCAGAUUUAUACAGUUUUGUGCAAAAAAUUGCCCCAUGAUUCCAGAUUAAGCCCUAUAUGUAUGGAAAUGUCACCAUCCACCCAUUCAGUGUCCAUACAAGGAUAUUUGCACUAACAACAAUCUCUGAUUUGGGUGUCUGGUGGAGCUUGGCACCCGUGUUUAUGAAACCAUAGCAUCAAAUGUAAAAAAAAAAACCACAGUAUAUUUACCUAACGGCUCCACGCUGAGGAUAUGAGUUUACUUCCCAGACCCAUUUCGCUCAACUGCUGCUGAAACUGCGUGGUAAUGCAGCGGGAGCCCUGCCAGGCAGGAGGAGAAAACUAAAAAUGUUUAUUUAGGCUUUUGAUUGUGAUUCUGUUAAGGGUGGUUUUGAUGUUUUACUGCCUCAUCAAACAGGUUUUAAGUUACCAGUUACGUGAAGCACUAAAUACCUAAGGAAGUUGCUUUCAGCUUUAAGCUACAAAGAAAAUUAUUUGCCACGGCAUGACACCAAAAUAAUCCGGAUGGGGAGAAGGAAGGAGAGAAAAUAAGUAUCAUUAAUAGUAUGUAAACUAAUGGAAGGGGAGAGCAGAGAGCUCUGAGUUCAUACAAAAAGUAGAUAACUUCUGAAAGCCAUGAAACACAGCUUCAUAGAGUCAUUGCUUUAAUGCAUAAUAUCCCCGGCUCUUUGCUCUUUAUAUAAAUCUAGAUCAAUUAGAAGCAUGCUCUAGCAAUAUGGCAACAGUUUGAUUCAGCGCUGAUCACUGGCAAGACACACCGGUUUAAAGCAUUAGCUAUCUGAUUUUUUUCUAAAAGCUCCUGCUUCACCUUGUCAGCUGUCACGCUGUCUUAUAGACACUGAUUUUUAAUAAACUUGCAGCUACAGCACAAUUCCAGAUCCAACUGCAUGAACCCCAGACAGUAUUUCUACUUCCCACAAACAGUGGGCAAAGGGCUUCACUUAUUUUUUUAACCCCAGUAGCUCAACACGCGACUGAAUCGCAGCUAUCCCGAAACACACACUCCUAAACCCUGUUUUUGCUAGUGGAUCAUCUCGCAGAAGAAUGGGGUUCAAGCGGCGUCAGAUGCUGUGCUCCUAAAUCCGUUCUUAACACGCGGAGAACAGCAGAAGUGCUGUGUGUAUAUAUGUACAUAACUUAUUUAAUCCAAAUGGGAAGAUUUUACAAUGCAAUUAUACAGGCUCGCACUCAAACACAGAUAAAAUGUGUAUACAUGGGAGCCCGUUUGCAAGCUUUUUUUUUUUUUUUAACACAGAAAUUGCACAGUUGACAGCACUUCCAUGUCAUUGUCUUGGUUACCAUGUUUUAUUAUGCUCAAGUAAGCUAAACUACCAUAUAACAGGCUUAAAUAUUUUAUUCCUCAAUAGGUGGCCAAUUUUUAUCUCCUCUGAACCAAAUUUAACUGGUGUAAUUCCAAGUAAUUACUCUAAUGUAGAAAGCGAGAAUAAAUUCAAGUGUGUUUAUCUCAGCCCUUUUUGAAUAAAUCAAGUUUUAUCACAUCAGGCAUUUCUUAUUUAUUUUUAAGUAACAACAGCUUGUUUUCAGCUAUCAGCCAUGACGACUUCGGUCUAAGAAUUUCUGCUGGCAAAAGCCUCAGAACCUGACAAAGCACGUGUUGCGUUGCACCCUACUGUACUGUAUUUAAAUGUUCUACAAUAACCCUGGAAUAAUCCUAAUUUUCCCCACAGACCAAUAGUUGGAGUAAUACCCCAGAAGAACCUGUCACGCUUAUUUACUGGGAAAGCUUUAUACAUGCCCUGUGUUGCUCUCAUCAAUACCUAGAAUCACUUCCAU